UUAUCAUAUACUCGUAAAUCAGUUUUGACGUGUCGUAAAUCAGCAUAUUAUAAAUAACAUGCGGAGCUUGUGAUCCCACACAGUGCACCGAAUAUAGUACAAAGUGUCAUCUACGAAGUGUUGAGUGGUGAUAAAACGAAAGUGCAAUUACUGCUCCUGGUUCGGAUGGUACGAUGCGCCGGCGAUUUUUGUCGCGGCGGAAACGCUAGCAGGGGUCGGGGCCAACGGAAAGGGUGUCGGGCCGCGAGGACUGGUGCCCGCACGAGGCGAGGCGGCAUGCGCUGACGUGCAAUCGGCGCUGCGCGUGCUGUGGCGCAGCGCGAUGCCCCCCGGGGCCGGCGCCGGGGCCAGGAGCAGGGCCUGAGAUGGAGGAAGGCGUGUACUGGCGGCCGUCUUGCUCCACGCUGUCCCUCGCGGAGCACCAUGGCAGCUCCUCGCACCUGUGCGCGCGGCACGCGCCGCCGCGGGUGGCGCACCGGCACGCGGCGCACGCGCACCCGGCGCACGCCCACCACGCGCACGCGCACCAGCACGCACACGCGCACCACCUGCCGCACGCGCAGCACGCCGCAUGCCCCGUGCACAGCCCCUUUAGGCAGCCUACACCCGAAUUUUGCGCCGCACAUUCACAGUUCCUCCAGAAUCGAGACGUUAGUCCCGAAAAACUGUCCAAGGGAUCCGCAACAGUCAGCGCCAGCACCACAUUUCGAGUGCAUCGAUUUUGCGUCGGUCUCUAA